CGGUACGGUUGAUUCCGAUGGUCUGAGAAAGACCGACUGAGAGGAGAAAAAUCCUGCAUCAUCGAUCAUGGAUGCUCAGGGAAGGAAAGUUGUCGUGUGCGAUAAUGGCACUGGUUUUGUCAAGUGUGGAUAUGCUGGAGCCAAUUUUCCUGCCCAUAUCUUUCCAUCUUUGGUAGGAAGGCCAAUCAUCAGAUCUGCAGAGAAACUUGACAACAUUGAAAUUAAGGACCUGAUGAUAGGUGAUGAAGCCAGCCAACUUCGUGCUAUGUUGGAGGUUAAUUAUCCUAUGGAGAAUGGUAUGGUUCGGAACUGGGAAGACAUGGAACAUUUAUACAAUUAUACAUUUGGUCCAGAGAAACUUGAUCUAGAUGCAAGAAAUUCUAAGAUUUUGCUUACAGAGCCGCCAAUGAACCCAACCAAAAACAGGGAAAGGAUGAUAGAGUACAUGUUUGAGAAGUAUGAAUUUGCUGGUGUAUACAUUGCUAUCCAGGCUGUAUUGACACUAUAUGCACAAGGUUUAUUAACAGGAGUAGUCGUGGAUUCUGGAGAUGGUGUUACUCACAUUUGUCCAGUAUAUGAAGGAUUUGCAUUACCUCAUCUCACAAGAAGACUAGACAUUGCUGGGCGUGAUAUAACAAAAUACCUUAUUAAGCUUUUAUUACUACGGGGUUAUGCAUUUAACCACACAGCAGACUUUGAGACAGUGCGUAUAUUGAAGGAAAAGCUGUGCUAUGUAGGAUACGAUAUUGAACAGGAACAGAAACUGGCUCUGGAGACUACAGUAUUGGUAGAAACUUACACACUUCCUGAUGGGAGAGUGAUAAAGGUAGGUGGGGAACGGUUUGAAGCACCAGAGGCCCUGUUCCAGCCCCAUCUCAUCAAUGUAGAUGGAGUUGGUGUGGCUGAACUCCUGUUUAACACCAUCCAGUCUGCUGAUAUGGACACACGACCAGACUUCUACCGUCACAUAGUCCUGUCGGGAGGCUCCACCAUGUACCCAGGUCUGCCCAGCCGACUAGAGAGGGAACUUAAACAGCUGUACUUAGAAAGAGUACUGAAGGGAGAUACCAGUAGACUGUCGAAAUUUAAGAUUCGGAUAGAAGACCCUCCCCGAAGGAAGCACAUGGUGUUCUUAGGUGGUGCUGUAUUAGCCGAUAUUAUGAAGGAUAAGGACAGUUUCUGGAUGACCCGAGAAGAAUACCAGGAGAAGGGCGUGAGGUGUCUAGACAAACUCCUGUCUCCUGUUACGUAAACAGAUGAUAGUGCCAAUAUAGAUCACCAUUCCAAUCACCUGUGGAUCCGACAGGAAUGCAUGUGUUCAACUUGGCAUGCAUGUUCUUUUCCUCUUCAAACAUCAUGUUAUUUAAUCUGAAUUUUAUCUUGAUCAGUGCUACAGUUUAGAAAACUGAAGAUAAUUUAUGUGGUUCUUUUUCGAGGAAUUAUGCAAUUAUAUAUUAAGUAAUAGCUAUUGAUGAUUUGAUAAGUUUAUUCUCGAUUAUGGAAACAGUAUUUUCAGCAACUCCAAAAUAUCUGUUAGGAGUUUGAGGGGUGUUUCAUCCAUCUGUUUUAAUACCUGGGUAUUUAUAAUGAGAGAGAGCAGUGCUCCAGUUGAAUUCUUCUAUUUCUUACCUCAAUGUAAUCUAACCCGUUCACAAUAACACGCAUACUUAAUGAAUUCAUUAAGACAAUAUUGACCACAGUUGCUGUUUUGCAAUCAUUCUAUGUUUAUCCAGGCAGUGCAUGUAUUCACUUUGUUCCAGCCCAUCAUUGUAACAUUGUCAUAUUUCCUGUCAGAAAGAAUGUGUUUAUAUGUGCAUGUGAUUGUCAUCCAAGACCACAGCUCGCUUUCGUUAUAGAGCAUGUGUGCCAGUUUUGACUUCAGUCUGCCUGGUGUAGAAAUCCCAGAGGAUUUAAAAUAGUAGGGUAAAACAAUAUUUUUUUUAAACAUUCUCAACUGAAAGUAAACAUUAAUGUGUUAACUUCAAGUUCUGUUAAGACAUCACAACAUUAUGCCAAGUCAUAUGAUCCUUAGUGAGUGGCGUUUUUAUGGUGCGACUGAAAACAGAAUGUUUUAUUUGAGAAAAACCAAAACUGAAAAUCCAGUCUCCUAACCAAACACAAGGCAUGAGUAAGAAUGCUGUUCCUCUCGUCAUUUUUAUGACAUCAGUUUAUAAUCACUACAUGUUACUACAUCAGGUAUUGUUCUCAAUAAAUAAUGUAACUCAUCAACUUCCUAGUAUUUACAGGUAAAUAAUGUAACUCAUCACCUACUUAACAGUUACAUGUAAAUAAUGUAACUCAUCAAACACCUAGUAUUUACAGGUAAAUAAUGUAACUCAUUACCUACCUAAUAGUUACAGGUAAAUAAUGUAACUCAUCAACCACUUGGUAAUUACAGGUAAAAGGAAUUACAGGUAAAUAAUUUAACUCAUCAACUACCUAGUAAAUGCGGGUAAAUAAUGUAACUCAUCAACUACUUAGUAAUUACAAUUACAGGUAAUGAUAUAUAACAUAUUGAUUGAGGAACAAAGAUAUUCAGUCGUAACAUUUAGUAAUUAUGAAUGAGUGUAUUCAAUGUCUGCUUGCUUCUUCAGUUUACUUUUCUGUUUUACGUUUGGUGCAACUAUUUGGUGCUUCCAGUGGCUUAGUGAUAUUUAAAACAUCAGCUGUAUGCUUGUCAUCAGAAUUCCAAAAGAAAAAUCUGGAUCACCUUGUGUAAGUGUGUUUUAUCCUUCACAUGUUGUGGUCCUACAGUAAUACCUAGUGCCUUUGUGUGAGAGGAUCACACCAAUGUACAAGGAUUGUACUUGAUGCUGCUGUUUAGGACGAGGAUAAAACCUGUUUUGUAUUUAGUAAAGAACUGUGCGAAGCAUUCCUCAUACUCUUUCUGUCUUUUAUAAUGUUGUUCUGUUGGUCCAUUGUCUAUGAAUACAAAAUAUUUAUCUUUUUUUUUUCAAAGAAGAAAAUAAUUGGUUUUAAGUUUAUCAAAUGCUAAAUACCAGGUAUAAUUGUCUCCUACAUACCCAUAAUGCUAUCAUUAAGAAAAGAAUGUUUACUAUGUAUUUCCUAAUGGUACCAGUUAUUUCUUUAUGUUUAUGUACAACCAUAUUUAAUUUGUUUAUGUUGUCUAGUUUGUAUUUCAGCUAGAUUAGAAACUACAAUGUCUUAUAUGAAUCAGAAAAUUAACUCAGCGAUGCUACAUUGUACAGCAUUACAAUUCUUUGUGAUUAACACCGGGUGUUCAAUAGUCAAUAGGAUGUGUCCGGCCAUACUUACAAAUAGGGCACGUGAGGUUUUCUGUACUCAUCGUAGACUAUAUGGCUACUCUCAAUGCAAAACUUUAAAUACAUUUUCUCCAAUAAGUUUUACAAUCCUCAAUGUGGUUUUUAAAACAUUUGUCUUGUAAAAACACGGAGUUGUUGAUAGAAUACUAUUGGCAGUUUCAUCUUAUCCAUUUAAUAGACUCUUUGUUUUUGACGAUUACUUAAAAAAACACUCAAUAAUGUUUAAUAGAUUGCAUAUCUUUCAGAUGGUAAUAGAUAUAUUUGAGGAAAAAUCCAGCAUGUUGAUUAAUUAAACACAAAAAUGGGAGUCAAUGCAAUAAGUGAUAUAAACAGACGAUAUUUCUUGGGGUGCGAUGCAUCACAAAACAACAGCCAGUCGUGUGCAAUGAAACCAGUAUCUCCACCCACAUGUUAAGUCCUGUGUCUUGUUUUAUGUGUGAUUAUUUAAUGCAGUUUCAUGAAUUUAUGGUAAUGUAUGGAUGAACGUAUGUAGAUUCAUCUCUGUGAUAUAUAAAUAUUAUGAAGGCCAUACAUUUAUGUAGUGUAUGCCUGGAUCUUUGUUGCCUAUUUUAAAGAGAAUGUAGAGUGUAUGAAGUAUAAGGAUGUAUAUAUAAUUUUUGUAUCAUUAUGAACAAAUGAUAUAGUGUACGAAAACCAUGAUUAAUGGCUCACUGUAUAAACUAAACGACUUGGGGCGGCCAUCAGGUGUUGUAUAUAAAUUUUGUACAUGUAUUAAAAACCUUGAUGGAUUUGUCUGAAGUUGUUAAAACUAAAAAUUUUGAUGAAAAGAUUUCAUCAAAAUAAAAAUAUGCUUUUAUUAAUG